UAUUGCCACAAAUCAAGAGGGCAAAGUGAACGGCAUGGGACUCACACCAACUUUAACGAAAUUGAGUCUGGUUCCUACUUCUGCGAAGUUCACGGCCAAGAAUUUCACAUGCAGAUGAUAUACAAGAAGGAAAAUGGAAACAGAAUUUCUAGGUGUAUCCUGACUGCUGAAUUGGUUGAUUUUGCAAACUCAUAGCCAAACUCACAACAAAACAUGACAAGCCUUUCGAGGUUUAGUGGCUGCCCUCUCUCUUGCGUCAACCCCGGGGAGAGCAAUACUGAACCCAGCGUGGUGCUGCCACCUUUGGCAGGAGAGCACAUGGGACACCCCACUGGCAGUUCCUUAAAAGUCUGCCCCUCGCACAAUUUGCGAGACUACCCCGAGACGAGGUCCAGUGCAUAUGUUGACCAUUCGGUUCCCAAUUUUUCAGACUCUGGAUACCCCAGUCACCGGUUAGAGCACAGCCCUAGGGGCAUUAUCAUUGGAGCCAAUCUUCCUGGAGCCGGCAUGCCACCCGUCACUGAUCAACUGGCAACAAGAGCUAACCAUCAUGGUGGGAUUGGAAGGUAUCGUGACUUUCCUGGCUGCAGAGACAACAGAAGCCACAGUUUUUUCACAAGUUAUCAGGAGCAGGCCCACGCCUCCACCGACGCAUCUCGAGAUUUCGGAAGCCAGAUGAUGCUGGGUCUACCUGGCGACCUCCUCACCCGGACUCACCCUUAUGGCCAAACUAUCAGCCCCAAGGGAAACGGCCAGCAACUUGUCACACAAUUCCUGGGUCUGUACAAACCCCUGAACAUGGCAAUUCAGCGUGGAGGAGGCGACGCUUUCCUCAGGUGCUCUAAACAAAUAGUGAAGCAUGAGCUGGUGUGCAAGUGGAGUGACGGCCAAGAGGGGGCUGGGAAGCUGCCUUGCUGCAGAGCCUUCGGGACCAUGUAUGAACUUGUCACCCAUGUGACAGUGGAGCAUGUCGGAGGACCAGAGCACUCUGAAUAUGUGUGUCAUUGGGAGAAUUGUGCGAGAGACAAGAAGCCUUUCAAAGCCAAAUACAAGCUGGUGAACCACGUCAGAGUCCACACAGGGGAAAAGCCCUUUCCCUGCCCAUUUCACGGCUGUGAGAAAGUUUUUGCAAGAUCAGAAAAUCUAAAGAUCCACAAGAGGACUCACACAGGUGAAAAGCCUUUUAAAUGCGAGUUCGAGGGCUGCAACCGGAGGUUUGCGAACAGCAGCGACAGAAAGAAGCAUUCUCAUGUGCACUCCAGCGAUAAACCCUACAUGUGCAAGGUCAGGGGCUGCGACAAGUGUUACACCCACCCAAGCUCCCUGCGAAAGCAUAUGAAGCUCCACUGCAACAAGGCCCACGUCGCCAAAGGCGGCGACGCGCGUCCUGGUGACGGGGGUCACAUUGCGGAGGGCAGGUCAGCCCGGGCCUCGGACGGGACCCAGAUCAGCCCCCCUCAUCCACCCACCUCCACUCAAGAUGUCCCCCUGUCCCCAGAGAGUCGAGACGAGUCGACCCCGAGGUCACGUUUCCAUCACACGUUUGACAGCAGUUUGGACUACUCCACACAUAGGUCACAGCCCCUCUUGGACCCUUUGUUGCUACAGAGAGGCGGCUACAGGUCCCAGUCCUCUCAGUACCCUUGCAGCCAGACAAGUCACACUUUUGCCCAAGGCUCAAGGACCUUCUCUUCCACUUCUCCCUUUCAGAAAAGUAUCGUCAAUGGAUGGUACACAUGCCACAGCGGCGUGGACUCCUUCCCACCAAAGCAAUGUAAUAACAUCCCAUCUCUCUGAGUCCUCGCUGGGACGCAUGUGGACUAGUUACACUUUUGGGGCCCUUUUUUUCAUGUUGUAGCCUAAAUAUGUAUUCAUUUUACCCUCUGUACUUUUGUGAAUGUUGUGUCAAAUAUUCUGUGACACGUUGUCAUGCAGUCAUCCUAUUGAAUCUUGCAUUGCGAAAUGUGGCGAGCUUUAUCUGUCGUUGUGAGGCCUUUUUGGUCGGGUUUGGCUUGUAGCCUGUACAUCUCCCCACAGUGGGUUAUAGGAAAAGUCAAAAAAGUGUAACCUAUACGCAUAAUCGUUUGCAGUGUUGCAGUAUUAUUAAAGAUAUCCAUCUUAAGCGAUGAAAAAAAAAAUGUUUGCAAUUUGCGUGUUGAGUCUUCUGAAGUUAGGAUAUAUUCCGGGAAAGUGAAAGGAAACGUCUUGCUGAAUGUAGCCCCAACUACUAUAGGGGUCUUUGUUGAAUGUAAACUAGGUGUAAUGUACUUCAGGAUGAAUAGAAAUAUUAUUCAUGACUUAUGUGUUUGGCAACAUGGAAUAAAUAUCUACAAGAUCUUUUCUCACGAAGCCUGCGUAGUGGGCCUACAGCAAAAAUGUGUCUGUAAUUAAAAUUCCGCGGGGCUCAGUACUUUUUUUUUUAAUUUAUUUAUUUUAUUUUUUUUUCUCUUGACUAAGUUCCACUCUCCCCUUUUUUCCAUUACACUCCCUCAUUCUCUGUAUUAUAUGAUUAUUUCAUAUUUCUGUGCAAAGUAAGACCAGUGCGAGUAUAAACCACAGUGUUCGUGUUACUAUUAAAACGUUUAAUUAGCAUACGCUUCUACUGUACAUAAGCCUACUGUAUAAUUAAUUAUGUAUCCUAUAUUUUAUUAAAGUGUCUAUAUUCUCUUUGA